ACGGACAUGCUGCAUUACUGCUGUCCUAACUGCUAGCACGAUUGCUCAAGCACUAUGGCAGUCUUAAGGCAGCUUCAGAAACUUUCAGAAUAUGAUUAAUUGCUUGUAAGAGAGGGAAAAAGACAAUAUAUUCCGUGCAGGACAGCGGGGCCCCUUGAGCCUCCUCCGGAGCGCACUGGGGAAAUCAUCAAGGGAAAAAGUUAUCGGUGGACGGCGAAGGGCACAGCUCCGGCGGUGCCAGCGCGGAGCUGCCAGGCUCUGCUGGGAGAGGUGCCAGCGCUGGAGGCAGCCUUUGCCCGAGCACAAACAGCCCCUUCAUUAGCAGAGGGACGCGGAGCCGGGCGCUCGGGGAGCAGCCUCGGGAAGGGGGAGCUGCCAGCAGCCCCUGCGCCCUACACCCCCGGCAACGUGCUCCAUCGUCUCCCGCUCCGCUUCCCCGCGCUUCCCGGGAAGGCAACUCUUCCAGGCAGGACCGGGGGCCUCCUCCUCACCAGGUAGGUACCUCUCCUCUGGCCCUGCACCCUGGAGAUGGCAGCACCCAAGGUCGCAGUGGUUGGCGCGGGAGUCAUCGGCCUGUCCACGGCGCUGUGCAUCACGGAGACUUGCCCCAGCUGCUCUGUGACGGUCCUUUCAGACCAGUUCAGCCCCAACACGACGAGCGAUGUUGCAGCCGGGAUGCUCAUCCCUCACACCUACCCAGGCACACCAAUCCACGUGCAGAAGCAGUGGUUCAAAGAGACCUUCACUUUCCUUUUUGCCAUCAGCAACUCACCUGAGGCAUCAGAGGCUGGCAUUCACCUGGUCUCUGGGUGGCAGGUCUUUAAAAACACUCCCAAGGAAGAGUUACCUUUCUGGUCAGAUGUCGUCCUGGGAUUUCGACCAAUGUCCGAAGCAGAACUCCAAAAGUUUCCAGAACACCGAUUUGGUCAGACCUUUACGACACUGAAAUGUGACUGUCCACCCUACCUGCUGUGGCUGGAGAAAAGGUUGAAAGCAGCCGGCGUCCAGAUGCACACCAGAAAAGUUGCAGACUUGUGGGACCUGCACAGCGAAUAUAAUGUCGUCGUCAACUGCGCGGGCAUCGGAGCCCACCAGCUGGUGGGGGAUGAGAAGCUCUUCCCCGUCAGGGGACAAGUACUCAAGGUUCAUGCUCCUUGGGUAAAAAACUUCAUCCGGGACGGGGAUGGCUUAACUUACAUCUACCCGGGGAUACACAGGGUAACCCUAGGGGGGACCAGGGAAAAGGGGAGCUGGAGUCUCUCCCCUGAUCCUGGCACUACCAAAGACAUCUUUGACAGAUGUUGCUCCCUUGAGCCCGCGCUGCGGGGAGCUCGGGAUAUCGAGGUGAAGGUGGGCCUGAGGCCGUCCCGGCGGUGCGUGAGACUGCAGAGAGAGGUCUUGAGCCGAGGAGGAGUUAAGUUCCCGGUGGUCCACAACUAUGGGCACGGGGCAGGCGGCUUUUCGGUGCAGAGGGGCACAGCCAAAGAGGCUGCUCGCUUGGUGGGAGAGUGCAUUGCUACCCUGCCAGGCUCCUCAUCGAGGGCCAAGCUUUGAAUCCCAGAGGCUACUUUCACAUUUACAACAGGCUAGUAUUGCAUCUCCUAGUAGCAGCUUUGGACUUUUAUUCUAUUACUGGAUAGAAGGAACCUAAGAAAGCAGCUUGUGCCAUUGCAGAUGCUUGGUGGUAUCUCACCUGGCUUCCAGCUGCCACCUUGGAAAGGCAUGAUGGGUUGAUCCAAGUAUUAGUCCAGCUGUCCUUCUCCUCUAUCUGGCAUUGUUUCUACCCUGGGCAUUUCUCCUAGCCUCAUGUUAAGGAGAAGGCAAGAUGGUAAAUAUUCUUCAUAUGACAGGGAUCAGAUUGCUGCAGUAUAAUACAAAUAACAUCAAUUUAGCAUUUCUUCAUCUGCAUCUAAAGGGUAUUGGAUGCACUAGGUUCAUAUUCGGUAAGAACUAGUUCUCUCCUCUUGUACCAAAUCUAAUCUAGUAUUGCCCUUGCUCCCAGCAUCUUACUACCAAACUUUACCAUUUUCCAUAUGAUUUACAAGGAAAAGAAAACCCUAUGCAGUGCUGCAUUACAGUGGUCCAGGUCAGCUCUUACAGAAAGCAACAGUAGGUCACUGUCAUGCACAGUGACCAGGCAAGCAUGAUUUUAAGAGAAGAUCUGUGACACUGAUCACUGCAUUUGCUCAUAUUACUCCUCAGGGAACUUAACACAAAGUUUCUGCGAGAGGAAGUUGCCCCAUAUGAGCUACAGUUUUGUGCAUCUUUUCUCACGCUUGUUUACAAAUCUUUUUUUUUCUUCGCAGAGCCUCUCAGGGUUUGCUCUCAGACACAGAUGAUUUCCCCCCCCCCCCCCAAUAGCAGCAUUGACAUGGCCCGUGUUCUACAGAAGAGGAUUUUUCAGGGUAGGCUAGGGAGUGCAAGCAUCUCUUUUCUACUUCGCAUGAGCACUGGCUGCUUUUCUUGCAACAGCUGAUACGAAUAAACCGGUGACAAACCAACAAGGAUCUUAACACCAGCCUCAGUUUCAUAAGGGAGAGAAGAGCCAUUUAAGACUAAAACACUCCAAAGAGAAAUUUGUCUGUAACUGGACAUGAGCAAGCUCCUCUGCUGUAAGGUAGCUGAGCCACGGGAGCCCAGACCCUCACUUCAUGGCAGAGGCUGAGCUGGGCUUUACACUCCCCUCAGCAGUUCAAGCGCUUUGAUGUGGCUGAUGAUAGUCACUCCCCAAAGUUGGAGCUUACCUCAAAGUAUAGGUCUGACUGUUAGCGAUUAAACCACUCAUUAGCUCUUAAAUGGCUCAUUCAAGAGCGUUAGCAUCCACUUUUGUCUAGGUUUUUUUGUCCUUACAGCUACAAAACAAAUCAAACUCCUUCAAGAAUUCACAUGGCUAAGAUGAACUGAUAAAUAAAGUUCUAAUAAUGGAGCAAGGGUCACUUCUGUAGUGUUUCCUUUCAUAAACAAGAGGUUUUCUUUGAUUUGGGAUGGCCUGACAGGGCCAAGAAAGGCCACCUUCAGACGUGGCUGCCAGCUCCUGCUGUUCUCAGGGGGGAUGAGGACAGUUAUCCUUUGCAAGGGACAGCUGUCAGAAGAAACAUCACCAAAUUAAAUUGUAGGGACAGCUGUCAGAAGAAACAUCACCAAAUUAAAUUGUAGGUCAAUAAGCACCUGGGAUCAGCCUAAGCCAGCCCUGCCUUCAAUAGCCUUGCCCUCUUCUCCUCAGCUCUGAAGGCUAAUUUUGCAUUCCUUCCCCCAUCAUUUGUCCUUUCCAGCAGUACGAGAGGACAGAGCUGCUGCUUUUGGCAGCAGUGUUGGCGUAGGGUUUGUCAAACUGCAGCUUUGCCCUCAGCUAACAUGGAACAUAGUAAUACAUGGAAAAAGAACAUGAGAAUGGGCUAUUUUUUCUUAAUCUUGAUUUUAAUCUUGAAAAGUAACAAACAGUGUAUCUUAUCCUGGAGCAAGAAACACUACUAAUGCUAAUGGGAUGUUCAUAGCCCCACGAGAGCCCCAGAGCUCUGGUUGUGUGCUUCUGCUCUUCAGGGUGGCAGGGUUUCUUCUAAUAGACUUCUAAAAGUUGUCUGGUUGACAAAAAAAUGUCAAAAUAGGUUCAGCUGCAGGGCCCAUCAGUCUGGUGUCCUAGCUCUGGCCAUGGCCAGCAGUGGGGAGGGCCACUUCCAGCCAUUCCUGGCCCAGGGGCUUCCUCAGCUGAGGGGUAGCUUAAUGUUUCAUGGCCCUCAGAUGAUUUAUCUUCCACACAUUUGUCAACUUACUUCUGAAACCAUGUAUGGUGCUUUUGUAGUCCCCGACAUCUUGUGACAACAGGUUCUGUAAAGGGAGAUAUUUCCUUGCCCAGAAGCAGAGCUCCUUGCCUUUAUCUUUGUCUUGAACCUGGAAACAUAAUUUGAUGCCCCUUUCUUGCCUCUUAUGAGAAAUGGUGACUAAUUAUUUUCCAUGAUCCUUCUUGAAUUUAUAAUGCUGCACCAUACUCCCUCUCGGAGCCCUCUUUCCCACCUUGAAGAAUCUUGGUUUAUGUAGCUGCUACCCACAUAAAGUCAUCCCAUAUCUUUGGUAUUCCUUGUUGCCCAUCUUUAUACCUUUUCUCACUCUAACGUACCCUUUUCGAGAUGGAGGGACCAGAACCGCACGCAGUACUCAUGAUAGAGGAUGAACCUUGUAUUCAACUGACUACAUCUCUCUUCCCUUCCUAAUAAUUUCUUACAUUUAAUUGCUUUAUAGUCACUAACAAGCUUUUAACUGACAUUUGAAUAGAACUACCUAAUUGCAAGAUAUCUGUCCUGAAUGGUACUAGCUGGUUCAGAGGCCAUUGCUGAGGCUGGGUAAUGAGGUCUUCCUCCCAACUCAGCCAUGUGUUUUUCUCCGCUGUUAUCCACACUGGAUUUCACCUGCCAGUACUUUGCCCAGGCUCACGAGAUGGUUUUUGCAGCUCCUUACAGGCAGUUUGCAUUUUACUCCCUUGAAUAAGCCGGUACCACCAGCAGACUGAGCCACUUCACCAUUUACUGGUGACUGAUGGGUAUGUGGGUUAGCAUUGGCCCUACCACGGAUCCCUCUAAGAUGUCGUUGGUGACUUCUCUCCACUGUGAAAAACAGCUGAUUUAUCCUUACCUUGUCUCUCUAUUAUCCUAUAUGCAGUCGCUGACUCAUGAGAGGAUCUUCCAUCUUAUCCCAUGCCAGGUUAACUUCUUUAUGAAUCCUUGGUGACAGAUGUUAUUAAAGGUUUUUCAGAAGCUGAGCAGAUCAUACCAAGUGGAUUGCUCUAGUCUGCAGCUUCACUGUUUCCUCUGAAGCCAUAAGAGGGUGGUGAAGCACAGCUUCAUUGCUCCUCACUGCAAAGCUCUGCCAAUUCUUCCCUCUUAGUCCGUACCUGUCCUUGCAACUAUUCUAUUACCAUGGCUUUUACCGUUUGCCUGCCAUGGGUGUCAAGAUUUAGUGGUUUGCAUUUCUCUAGAUCCCUCACAGCACUUAAAAGAAAACAGUGUCACAUGCCAUCCUCUUUUUUCUUUGGCUGUUUUAAGUAAAAGGUUAUACACCUGUAUUGAGUUUGUGUGGCAAGGUUUUGGUAGCAGGAGGGUUACAGGGGUGGCUUCUGUGAGAAGCUGCUGGAAGCUUCCCCUGUGUCCGA